AUGUCGGAACUGGAAGGAGUGGAUCUCUGCUCUGAUGAUAUAAGAGGGGGGGUCCAGGAUUGUAGCAGAAGCUUAGUUGGAAGAUUGAUAGGAGAUAAGGUGGCAAAUUUCACAGGGGUUAAAAACUUUACUAACCAUGUUUGGGGUUAUCCCAGAAAUAUGGUUGUAACUGAGUUAGGUCCAAAUCUGUUUCAAUUCCAGUUAGAAAAGGAAGAAGACCGUGAAAAAAUUCUGGAGGGAGGGUCGUGGAUUAUGGACAAUCAGAUACUAGUGAUAAAAGAGUGGGAGGUUGGAUGUGAAAGAAAGCUUAACCACUUUAGAUUUGCUUAUUUAUGGGUGCAAAUUUGGAAUCUUCCAGUUCACUGGUUGUGUAGAUCAGUGGGGUUUAAGUUAGGGAAACUCUUUAGAUCUGUAAAAGAGGUAAUUGUUCCUCCAGGAGAGGGGAAAGAAGGGAGGCAUAUGAAGAUAAUGGCUGAGAUCGAUGUUCUACAACCUCCCCCGAGAGGAACGUUGGUGAAACUUGAGGGAGUGAACACCUGGGUGGAGUUUAAAUAUGAGCGCUGUCCGGACUUUUGUUACAAUUGUGGGAGAAUAGGACAUGGGGACAAAUCGUGUAAUGGGGAAAGAAGGGAUGGGUAG